AUGGCAGGCUCCGAGGCGGGGCCAGGCCCGGGACGCCCCCGAGGCUCGCCCCACGGCCGCAGCAGCCAGCUGGAGAGAAGUGUCCCCAGACAGCCGAAACCUCCCCACUCGGAACACGACCCCGGCGGCCCCGUGCUGGUCCGAGGGCGCGCAGCGGCGCGGCGACACGCCUCAGCGUUGCGGGGCUCUGCAGCCCGCGCGGUGAGGCGCCCCCGGGCAGGACGAGUGACGCCCGCGUGUCUUUUGCAGAAAAAGGACCCGGCGCAGUUCCUGCAGGUUCACGGCCGGGCCUGCAAGGUGCACUUGGAUUCUGCGGUGGCUUUGGCAGCGGAGAGUCCUGUCAACAUGAUGCCUUGGCAGGGGGACACAAACAACAUGAUCGACCGAUUUGACGUGCGUGCUCACCUGGAUUAUAUCCCCAUGUACACCCCGCCGCUGAUGAACCCAAUCUCCCCCGAGCAGGAGUCAGAUGAGAGGAAAUGUAACUACGAACGCUACCGUGGCCUGGUGCAGAACGACUUUGCUGGCAUCUCAGAGGAGCAGUGCUUGUACCAGAUCUACAUCGAUGAACUCUACGGCGGACUCCAGAAGCCCAAUGAAGACGAGAAGAAGAAGCUGGCAGAGAAGAAGGCCUCUAUUGGCUACACGUACGAGGACAGCACAGUGGCCGAGCUAGAGAACUCCUUGGAGAAGCGGGGGGAUGAGGAGGACUCGGAGGAGGACAGCAACACGGACGAAGACGAGGUCAUCCCCGACAUUGAUGUGGAAGUGGAUGUGGACGAGUUGAAUCAAGAGCAGGUGGCUGACCUGAACAAGCAGGCAACCACGUACGGCAUGGCCGAGGGGGACUUCGUCAGGAUGCUGCGCAAGGACAAGGAGGAGGCAGAAGCCAUCAAACACGCCAAGGCCCUGGAGGAGGAGAAGGCUAUGUACUCGGGCCGUCGCUCUCGCCGCCAGAGGAGGGAGUUCCGGGAGAAGCGGUUAAAGGGAAGGAAGAUCAGCCCUCCCAGCUACGCACGGAGGGACAGCCCCACCUAUGACCCCUACAAGCGGUCACCCUCAGAAUCCAGCUCGGAGUCCCGCUCCCGGUCCCGCUCACCCUCCCUGGGCCAGGAGGAGAAGAUCACGUUCAUCACCAGCUUUGGGGGCAGCGACGAGGAGGCGGCGUCUGCACAGGCCGGUGGUGCCCCCGGGAAGGCAGCCCCCCCCGGCAGACAGCGUGCCAGCCAAGCGCAGCCGGGUGGCGCUGCGGCAGGUCAUAGCGCCUCCUCCCGGAGGCGCUCAUCCUCAUCCUCGUCCUCUCCAUCCUCGACCUCCUCCUCCAGUUCGCGCUCCAGCUCCCGCUCACGCCGUGGGGGCCACUACCCGGCGCCCCCCCGCCGCUACAGCUCCCGGCGUCGGUCCAGGAGCCAUUCCCGGUCCGGGGAGCGCUAUCGCCGGGGCAGCCGGAUGGGCAGGCACUGGAGCAGCAGCCGCAGCAGCCAUAGUCCCAGUGACUCGCGCAGUCGCAGCAAGUCGGUGUCUCCACCACGAGAGAAACCGCUGCGGCCUGCAGCGUCGCCGGCCGUGGGGGAGAAGCUGAAAAAGGCCGACGCUGCUGCCGGUAAAGAGACAGGAGCUGCCAAACCCAAGCUAACCCCACAGGAGAAGCUGAAACUCCGUAUGCAGAAGGCGCUUAACAGGCAGUUUAAAGCUGACAAGAAGGCAGCACAGGAGAAGAUGCUACAGCAGGAGCACGAAAGGCAGGAGCGAGAGGACGAGCUGCGUGCCAUGGCACGGAAGAUACGGAUGAAGGAGAGGGAGCGGCGGGAGAAGGAGCGGGAGGAAUGGGAGAGGCAGUACAGCCGGCAGAGCCGCUCCCCCUCACCGCGAUACAGUCGGGAAUACAGCUCCUCCAGGAGGCGGUCCCGGUCUCGGUCCCGGUCCCGGUCCCGGUCCCGUUCCCGCAGUCCGCACUACCGCCACUAGCAUCAGCCCUGCUGGGUGGAGCUCUGCGUCACCAUCCUGCUUCCUAGAUGCCAUUCCUCAAUGAAGCAGAACCCUCUGUUCCACGAGCAGCCUGAGCCUGUGUGGGCAGCAGCCGCAGCUCCUUGACCUCCAGGUGUGGGCGAGAGGAUCUUUGCUUCUACCUUGUGGUAUUCCAUGGGACUAGAAGCAAGCAGCUCCCGAAAGACAAGGGCCAUGUGCCCCAGCUGAGCUACCCAGCCCCAGGGGCAAGGCCUGUUCUGCCUUUCCUCCACCUUGCUGUGCCCUGCACUUGUUCCAGGCAGUGAGAGCCUGGCUGCCCUCCAGGUCGUACCUUCCUCUGCACAGGCCUGGCUGCACCUUGGUACCUUUUGGGCCCUGCGAUGUAGAGCCGCUGUGAGAGUCUAGGCUUCCUGGUCUGUGCUCUCAGCCUCAGGCCGUUGGCCUUGUUGGCCCCGUGUCUCUGUCCAGGUCAAUGCAGGCCCCUGGACUGGAUGGUAGCCUGUAACUGGGUGCCUUGCUCCUGGUGCCCGCUGAGCUCCAGCUGAGGGGUGCGGAGCCUAUUCACUCCACUCUGGACCUUGCUUAGGCCCCAGAUGUGCUGGUCCUGGCCCCUUCCCCUCUUCCCCCCACAGCACAGUACCAGUGGUCCAGGGUGACCCGAAAGGGCAGCGCAGGCCUUGGCCCUAGCCUGGCUCUCCUGUGCUCUGUGUCUGGCUGGGAGAAGAGGGAGAGGCCUAGGCUGUGCUGUGAAGUACAGAAUAAAUGGGAGGAAGUAGAAA